AUGUCGGGCAUCCGCACGCCGCAGGAGGACCUCUCGCGGAGCGGCACGCCGGUGCAGCAGCUCCGUGGCGCGGCCGCGGCAGGCACACACACGCCGCGGCCUAGCCGCGCGAUGCACGAGCCCGCGCCGAGCCCCGGCAUGACGCAGCCGCGGCGCUCGUACAGCAAGACGACCGUAAUGGCUGAGGCGGGCCGCCAGCCCUGGUACGACGCCGACGGCCGCCCCAUCCCACCGUACAUUGUCGGCGUCGCGGGGGGAAGCGCGAGUGGGAAAACGUCGAUCGCCAAGGAAAUUCUGCGGCUCCUGCCGGACGUGCCGUGGGUCGCGAUCGUGUCCCAGGACGCGUUCUACCGCCCGCUUACCCCGGCACAGACCAAGCUCGCGUUUGCGCAAAACUUCGACUUUGACCAUCCCAGCGCGAUCGACCAGGAGCUGCUCGUGCAGUGCGUGCGCGAGCUGAAGCAGUCGCGCGCCGUCCAGAUCCCCGUGUACAGCUUUACGCAGCACCAGCGCACCGCCGAGUCGACCUACCUGUACGGCCAUGCGGUGAUUGUCGUCGAGGGCAUCUUUGUGCUCCAGGACGAGAAUCUGCGCGACCUGCUCGACCUCAAGAUCUUUGUGCAGACCGACCCAGACAUUAUGCUCGCCCGGCGCAUCCGCCGCGAUAUCCUCGAGCGCGGGCGCUCGGUCGAGGGUGUGCUCGACCAGUACAUGCGCUUCGUCAAGCCGUCGUUUGAUACCUUUGUCGGUUCCUCGGCGCGCCACGCGGAUAUCAUUGUGCCCGGCGCGAACAAUGCCGUGGCCAUCGACGUGAUUGCGCAGCACAUCGCCAAGCACCUCACACGCAGCUACUCGUGCCAGCUGAACCGCUCCAUACCCCGCACGAUCGCCACUGGCGAGCCACACGCAUUUCCCAUGGCAAGGGUCGUGAUCGGCGACUCGGUGCAAGGCGAGCCGCUGCAUGUAGUGCAGCACGAGCCCUUCUCUAAGCCGCCGCGGCUCGAGGGCAGCGAGGCGGUGCUGCGCCUGGCGGACGUGCACGAAGUCGCGCCGCUCCCACCGAACGUGAUGGUCGUGCCGCAGACUGCACAGCUGCUCGGCCUCCAGACGAUCCUGCACAAUGCCGACACGCGCUCGGGCGAGUUUGCGUACGCGUGCAAGCGUAUCGGCGCACACGUCGUCGAAACCGCCAUGUCGCUCCUCCCGUACCGCUCCAAGACCGUGCCGCUGCACACCGGCGGGUCCUAUACCGGUGUCGAGAUGGACGUCGAGCACAUCUGCGGCGUCUCAAUCCUGCGCAGCGGCGCGAUCCUCGAGGCGCCACUGCGCCGCGCCUUCCCCGCCCUUGCCCUCGGCUCGCUCCUGAUCCAGAGCUCGGACAGCAACUAUCGCCCCCUUCUCUACGCGGUGCGCCUCCCGUCGUUUGUGCGGACGCGCGCGAGUGCGGAGAAGACCUAUGUGCUUCUUUCCGACGCGCAGAUCGGCACCGGCGCGGCCGCAUUCAUGGCCGUGCGUGUGCUGCUCGACCAUGGCGUACCCGAAAACCAAAUCAUCCUCCUCACGCUCCUCGCCUCGGCGCGCGGCGGAGUGUGGGCCCUCCAGCAUGCCUUCCCUGGUGUGCGCAUCGUCGCUGGCUCUGUCGAUCCCGGUCUACGAAAGUUUGUAUGGCCCACUACACAGCAUCAGCGCCGCGCAAAGGCGCUCUCCUCGGCCCUCGACGACUCCGACUCGGACGAGCCCGAGACGGAGCGCGUCGUCUUUGCCAUCACCCCGGGCUGCGGCCAGAUGGGCGACCGUUUCUGGGGAACGUAG